AUGUACACGUCAACAAAAGAACGGCGGUAUGCGAACGAGAUCGGGGGAAGGCGAGAAGAGAAGGGGAUAUCCUUUAUCCCCUGGCCCCCUUGCCACACCCAUGAAAAAGAAAACACGGACUUUGCUGCACAACAAUACAACGCUGGAUGUACGAUGAGCCAGCUGCCUCGCGGGAUCCCAUGGGCUGCACAGGGCGAAGCCAACUCCCAGAGUGGCAACUACAAGUACUGUCAGUACGAGCUGUGUGUAUCCUUGGCUUAUGCGGGCCGAGGAGCGGGCCGUCCGUCAACUCUAAUGUCAACCAGGCCUGAGGGUCCCGGCCAGUUUCGCCGGCGUGGAGGUUUGCUCCGAGUCUUCAAGUUUGGGCAGCACCCAGUCAGGCCCGGCAAUCAAUGCAUCCCUCAGGCUGCGUGUUACUAUACGUUUUUCCUCUCAGACAAACAUUAUCGAGGUGAUGUCGCCUUAAUCGGACCAGGAAACACCGUGGCAAGAGCUGCAGCCUGUUGGCAUAUUGGGGUACGGUCCAACUCAAGAUCUGCUUCAGAAUUGACCAGGGUCCGACUUUACAGACCCGCUCGUUUUGUCGUUUUUGCCAGGUAUAACAAUAUGGGUCCUCACAGAGAGCCGCCUAUGUGCUAA